CUCCUGGAAGCUGCGCGCCCUCGGGCGGGACCUGGCCCCGGCUCCCUUCGGUGCCCGGUGUCCAUGGCUCUAAGCAAAGGGCUGCGGCUGCUAACCCGGCUGGACCCCACGGGUCCCUGCAGUGUGCUGCUGGAGGCGCGCGGCCGUGACGACUGCCUGCUCUUCGAGGCCGGCACGGUGGCCACGCUGGCUCCGGAAGAGAAGGGAGUCAUUAAAGGACAGUAUGGCAAGCUGACGGAUGCCUAUGGCUGCCUCGGGGAGCUGAGGUUAAAAGCCGGUGGGGUCCCCUUGAGCUUCCUGGUGUUGGUGACAGGCUGCAUAUCAGUGGGCAGAAUUCCAGAUGCAGAGAUCUACAAAAUCACCGCCACUGAGUUUUGCCCCCUUCAGGAAGAGGCCAAAGAAGACGACCGCCUGCUCGCCUUGAAGAAAAUCCUGAGCUCAGGGGUGUUUUAUUUUGCAUGGCCCAAUGACGGCUCCAGUUUUGAUCUGACCAUCAGGGCACAGAAACAGGGCGAUGACUGCUCUGAAUGGGGGACCUCGUUCUUCUGGAACCAGCUCUUGCAUGUGCCCCUGAGGCAGCACCAGGUGAGCUGUUGUGAUUGGUUGCUGAAAGUCAUCUGUGGGUUGGUGACCAUCCGCACAGUGUAUGCCUCCCACAAGCAGGCCAAGGCCUGCCUCAUCUCUCGCAUCAGUUGUGAACGAGCAGGGACUCGCUUCCUCACCCGCGGUGUGAACGACGAUGGCCACGUGUCCAACUUCGUGGAGACAGAGCAGACGAUUUACAUGGAUGAUGGAGUAUCGUCCUUUGUCCAGAUCCGAGGCUCUGUUCCGCUGUUCUGGGAGCAGCCGGGGCUUCAGGUUGGCUCCCAUCAUCUGAGACUACACAGAGGCCUAGAGGCCAAUGCCCCUGCUUUCGAAAGGCACAUGGUGCUUCUGAAGGAACAAUAUGGCAAGCAGGUGGUCGUGAACCUGCUGGGAAGCAGAGGUGGUGAGGAGGUGCUCAACAGGGCCUUCAAGAAGUUGCUCUGGGCUUCUUGCCACGCAGGCGACACGCCUAUGAUAAAUUUUGACUUCCAUCAGUUUGCCAAAGGCGGGAAGCUAGAGAAAUUGGAGAACCUGUUGAGGCCUCAGUUAAAGUUACACUGGGAUGACUUUGGCGUGUUUGCGAAGGGCGAGAAUGUAAGUCCACGUUUCCAGGAAGGCACUCUGCGGAUGAACUGUCUCGACUGCCUGGACAGAACCAACACUGUACAGUGCUUCAUUGCCCUGGAGGUCCUUCAUCUGCAGCUUGAGAGCCUGGGGCUGAAUUCAAAGCCCAUCAUUGACCGCUUUGUGGAGUCCUUCAAAGCCAUGUGGUCUCUGAAUGGGCACAGCCUGAGCAAGGUGUUCACAGGGAGCAGGGCCCUGGAAGGAAAGGCCAAGGUGGGGAAACUGAAGGAUGGGGCCCGAUCCAUGUCUCGUACCAUCCAGUCCAGCUUCUUUGACGGGGUGAAGCAAGAGGCCAUCAAGCUCCUGCUGGUUGGGGAUGUCUACAAUGAAGAGUCCACAGACAAAGGAAGGAUGCUUCUGGACAACACGGCCCUUCUGGUGACACCCAGGAUCCUGAAGGCCAUGACAGAACGCCAGUCAGAAUUCACGAAUUUCAAGCGGGUCCAAAUUGCUGUGGGGACCUGGAAUGUGAACGGAGGGAAGCAAUUCCGUACCAAUCUCCUGGGCACAGCGGAGCUCACGGACUGGCUUCUGGAUGCCCCCCGGCUCUCAGGAGCAGUGGACUCUCAGGGUGACGGCAGCCCCGCUGACAUAUUUGCCGUGGGGUUUGAAGAGAUGGUGGAGCUGAGUGCGGGAAAUAUUGUCAAUGCCAGCACCACCAACAGGAAGAUGUGGAGCGAGCAGCUGCAAAAAGCCAUCUCCCGGUCCCAUAGGUACAUCCUCCUGACCUCAGCGCAGCUGGUGGGCGUCUGUCUUUAUAUCUUUGUACGCCCCUACCACGUCCCAUUCAUCAGGGAUGUGGCCAUCGACACUGUGAAGACUGGCAUGGGGGGAAAGGCGGGAAAUAAGGGUGCCGUGGGCAUCCGCUUCCAGUUCCACAGCACCAGCUUCUGCUUCAUCUGCAGCCACCUGACGGCCGGGCAGUCUCAGGUGAAGGAGAGGAACGAAGACUACAGGGAGAUCACUCACAAGCUCUCGUUCCCUGCGGGGCAAAACAUCUUCUCCCACGAUUACGUGUUUUGGUGUGGCGAUUUCAACUACCGCAUCGAUCUGACCUAUGAAGAAGUCUUCUAUUUUGUUAAACGCCAGGACUGGAAGAAACUUAUGGAAUUUGACCAGUUACAGCUGCAGAAGUCAAGUGGGAAAAUUUUUAAAGACUUUCAUGAAGGAACCAUUAACUUUGGACCCACCUACAAGUAUGAUGUUGGAUCAGCUGCCUACGAUACAAGUGACAAGUGCCGUACCCCAGCCUGGACAGAUAGGGUGCUGUGGUGGAGGAAGAAACAUCCGUAUGAUAAGACAGCUGGAGAACUCAACCUUCUAGACAGUGAUCUAGAUGGCGACACCAGAAUCAGACACACCUGGUCUCCAGGAACUCUCAAGUACUACGGCCGUGCAGAGCUCCAAGCAUCUGAUCACAGACCUGUGCUGGCCAUCGUGGAGGUGGAGGUGCAGGAGGUGGACGUGGGAGCCCGGGAGAGGGUUUUCCAGGAAGUGUCCUCUGUCCAAGGCCCGCUGGAUGCCACCGUUGUUGUGAACCUUCAGUCACCAACCCUAGAAGAGAAAAAUGAAUUUCCCGAGGACCUGCGCACAGAGCUUAUGCAGACUUUGGGGAAUUAUGGGACGAUUAUUCUGGUCAGGAUCAACCAAGGGCAGAUGCUGGUGACUUUCGCAGACAGCCACUCGGCUCUCAGUGUGCUGGACGUGGACGGCAUGAAGGUGAAAGGCAGAGCCGUGAAGAUCCGACCGAAAACCAAAGAUUGGCUGAAGGGCCUGAGGGAGGAGCUUAUCCGGAAGCGCGACAGCAUGGCCCCCGUGUCGCCCACCGCCAACUCCUGCUUGCUGGAGGAGAACUUUGACUUCACGAGUCUGGACUAUGAGUCAGAAGGGGAUGUUCUUGAAGACGACGAUGAUUAUUUAGUGGAUGAGUUUGGCCAGCCUGUGGUCUCAGACGGUGAACUUGGUGGCGACGACUCUCCCGAUGUCAUGAGCUCCUCAGCCCCUGUCAGCAAAUCUCCAGCACUAACUAAAAAGAAGCAACAGCCAACGUACAAAGACGACGCUGACCUGGUGAAGUUAAAGCAGGAGCUGGAAGUUGUUGGGGAUUUUCGCCACCGUUCUCCAAGCAGGUCCCUGUCCGUCCCCAAUAGGCCUCGGCCACCUCACCCACCACAGAGACCCCCCCCUCCAACUGGCCUGGUGGUGAAAAAGUCAGCCUCGGAUGUUUCCAUCUCCUCGGGCACCCACGGGCAGUAUUCAAUCUUGCAGACUGCGAAGCUCCUUCCAGGAGCACCUCAGCAACCACCCAAAGCUAGAACUGGAAUAAGUAAACCAUACAACGUCAAGCAGAUCAAGACCACUAAUGCUCAGGAGGCAGAAGCAGCGAUCCGGUGUCUCCUGGAAGCUAGCAGAGGUAUCCCAGAAGCAGCCCCAGGUGCCGUGCCCUUGAGGGACCAAGGGUCUUCUAAGCCAGAGGCCUCCCUGGGGCCCCCAGUCCUGCCCCGCCGACCUGCUCCUAGGGUUCCUGCCAUCAAGAAACCAACUUUGAGGAGGACAGGAAAGCCCAUGUCACCAGAAGAACAGUUCCAACAGCUGCCUGUCCAUUUUCCAGUCGCCUCCCAGGAAAUCAGCCUUGAGACCCCUUCUCCGGGGACAGUCCCUCAAGUCCCGCCUAUUCCCAAACCAAGAACAUUUCAGCCUGGGAGAGGCGUUGAGAGGAGGCCAAGCAGCGGCAAGACAGCACAUGAAGUUCCUCCCAUGACAGGUGCUAUGGAGUCCCCACCUCCAGAGGCCCCGUCUCUGGCUCCCAAGGUGCCCCCGAGGAGGAAGAAGUCUGCGCCUGCAGCCUUCCACCUGCAGGUCCUGCAGAGCAACAGCCAACUUCUCCAGGGUCUCACAAGCCCCAGCAGCUCUCCGUCCCCACCGCAGCCUGACACCUACCCACUCUGUCCUCAAAUGGAUCUUCUUGGCACGUCAUCUGCUGUAAGCCCCGAAACUGACGAGCCCAGGGGGGUGGUGGAGCCCAAGGCAGUCUUUUUCCAUGGCAACAAUCCGGAUCCCUUCUGGAGCCUGCUCCAUCACCCUAAGCUGUUGGAUAAUACCUGGCUGUCCAAGAGCUCUGACCCUUUAGACUUGGGGUCCAGGAACUCGGAGAGGACACACACAGAGCCAGCACAGGCCAAUGCCUCAGUGGCUGAGAGGGGACUCCCACCAGACCACGGGGAAAAAGAUUUUAGUCACUGGGUGGCUGCCAGGAACAAAGACAAGAGGACAACAUUAGGCGUUUGACCCACGGGCAGGAACACAACCUGUCGACUUUAAAGACUCUCGUUCCAGAUGUUCGCCUUCCCCACGUGGGCAUCGCUUGACGUGGUCAAAAGGGACAUCCACUUAUAGUGGCACCGAAGCCCUUUGUGCGUCUGUCACUCGUGUGUAGUUUAUAGAAACUGUCUCCCAUUCAGUACAGUUAUUCAGCAGCCACCAAAAUAUUUUGUUCAAUUUUAAUGCAAUUUCGUGCAUUUUAAGGUUGUUCUCAGGGGACUGGGCAAUGUGCUGUUGCCUUUGGCAUGUGGAUUUUAAAGGAAAGAAAUCUAGCUGCCCAGCCUGUUCUCACCCACUGAUUUUUAAACGGUUGUUCAACUUGUGUGUAUGCCAUUUGCUUGUUGGUUUUGUUUGUGUUUUAUAGAUUUGGGAUGAGUGAUGGGUUCAUAAAGGAUAACAUUAAAAGCAGUUGGGACCAUUGGGAGCUGUCCUGGCCCACUUUAAAUCAGGUUAAGGAGAAACACAGCUGAAAACAGUGGAAAGGUCAACAGCAUGCCUGGCCCUUGCACUCCCGUGAGCCACUUUUUUAGGAAGUUGCCCUUCGUAGCUGCAAGUGCUGCUGCUUCCGGCUCAGCAGAAAGACCUCGUCUGUACUGAACAUGCGUGUGUUGUGUUAUUCCCUAAACACCACAGCACAACAAGUGGGCUGUCUGGACACAACUGCACAUGUACAAGAGGAUGUGCAGGAACUGUACAAAUUCUGUUGCCACUGGGGACUAGGGUAUCAAAGGAUUUGGAUCUCUCAGGGUGUGCUGGAACGGCUCUCCCGCAGACACUCAGGUAACGACCCACGUGCACUGAUUCUAAGUCCUGUGGGAGGACUGUGGCUUGUGAUGUGUGCACCAGGAGCUUCCGCUCCACUCAAACACGGACCAGCUGCCUCCUGCACGCCCUGUAUAUGGCCAUGGUCUUGAGCUGUGGUGUGCUGCUUGAACCUAUUUAUAUUCAUCCCCUGGAUGAAACCACCUCCAGUUUGUCCAUGUCCUAUAAAGGCACAUGAUGACUGACCAUGGUGUAGUAUAUGAUGUCUUCAAGGAAGCACCUCCAGGGCAUGGAAUGCGGACCUGGUGGCUGCACGGCUGUUGAGUCUGCUUGUUGUCCCCCUAAUUUCAUACAUUUCUAAUACUUCUCAAGAACUGACAAAGACACCAUGAUGCUGUCUUAUGUUUUAAAAAUACUGUGAGGCCUAGAAUCUGUUUGAAGCAGAUAUCUCGCUUCCAUGCCCCACAAGUUCAUUAGCUGAAGAAGGCUGAGAGAUAGGAAGGUCACAAGGUCAAGACCAGCCUGGGAAACAGCAAGAUCCUUUUUCAGAAAGAAAUUCAUUAGAAAAUCUUACUAUGCCAACUUCUGUAACUGACACCAUAGACCCACACAGCAGUGGUCUGUGUUGCUGCUUUUGGGCAGUCCAGCAGGGAAUGCUACUGGUCGGGAUAUUCGUGGCCAUGAUGCCUGGGACGUAACACUCACUCUUUGUUACCCACCAGACUGCUGGGAUUUCAGAAAUGAUUUUCACUGUCAUGUUCAAGGUAGUUUGUAAAUUAUUUGAACCUGGCAAUGAAGAACAAAACUCCAUGCAUCUACAUUCAUCUGAAAACUGAUCAGAACAAAAGGAGAUUAAGUAGGGAAUAUGCAUAUUUGGCAGUUACAAAAGAUGGUGGGGGCACUGGAGAGAUGGCUCACGGUUAAGAGCACUGGCUGCUCUUCUAGAAGACCUAGGUUUGACUCACAGUC